CGAAAAAUUUUAUUUUUUUUUUUUGAACAAUAAAUAAUUUUUUUCAUCUGGCAAGCCUAUCGUUCGCCCUCUCUCUCUUUUGUAUACAAUAUAUUUGAACAAUGAAGCAUCUCGCAGCUUAUCUUCUUCUUGUUGCUGGUGGUAAUGCCACUCCUUCUAACGAUGAUAUCAAGAAGGUCUUGAGCUCUGUCGGUGUUGAAGUUGACGAAUCUCGUCUCUCUGCCUUGUUGAAGGCUAUGGAAGGCAAGACCGCUGCCGAGGCCAUCGCUGAAGGUUCCUCCAAGCUCGCUUCCGUCUCUGCUGGCCCUGUUGCUGCUGCUGGUGCUGGUGCUGCCGGUGCUGCUGCUUCUGGUGAAGCUGCUGCUGAAGAAGAGAAGGCUGAAGAAAAGGAAGAAUCUGAUGAAGAUAUGGGUUUCGGUCUCUUCGAUUAAGCAAUUUCCAGUCAUCAUUAGUUAAAAUUAUAAACCGUACUUUUUUCCUUUCUUUUACGAGCAAACUACUUUAAAAUAAAGGAGAAAUUUUACUUUAAAAACGCGAAAAUUUACACAUUUACAUCUUGGUGACAAGAAAUGUGCACUUUGAGGAAUGAAGGAAAAAGAGUGGCUUAGAUUCUUAAUAUGUCAAUUGCUUUUAUCAUCUAUAUCAAUAUUGAUAAAAUUAUGAAAAAAAAAAAGAGAGGGGGACAAAUCUAGAAAAAAUUGUAUUCUUUACUUAAUGUAUUAUCGUAGUUUAUACAGUAUCCUUUAACUUGAGUAGUAUACAUUUACAACUCUUACUAAAAAGAUACAAUAUAUAAAGAGAAGUAUAUUGUGGCUUAGCAGUUCAGUGUAGUACGUUAAAUCAUAAUAAAAAGACCUUUUCAAUAAAAUUCUCUGAAAUACA